AUGUAUUUUGCUCGGCACGAUUAUAAUAAGGACGCGCCCUUAUCAUCGGACUCUUCGUCAUUAGACAACAAUGGGGAAGACCAUGGUAAGGAGUACCCUAUCGAUCUACAUGUCGCGAUGGUUAGGGCUCUUAUGGAUAUCAAACGGAAAGACAUAGGACGCAGAAUGCAACAGCAUAAGUGCACUAGGAUCUGUCAGUUGCUUAUUCCGAGUGGAAGGCUCUGUAUUGUGGAUCCGAGAGAAAGGUGCUGCUUCCAGCUUGCUGGCGAGGUCAUAGAGGUAGAUCGUAGGAGUGUUAAAGUGAGGGUCAAGAGAGAGAAGACUCCUAAUGCGGACGGCUGGGAGAAGGAGUUCACCGUGGAGUUGUCGGAAUAUGUUCAGGAACCUGCUGUCGGCGCGUCGUGUGUGUUCAAGGGUCAUCUCGAACAAUUUACUCCAGUAUUCAAGGCUAUAAAAUUCAUCGCGGAGAUAUGUAAGAAGGUUGAAGAGUCAUCAUCUUAG